CCCGCUGGCGGCAGGGGUUCUCCCCGCACCACCACCACCACACCACGCCGCCCCGUCCCGUCCCGAGAAAGCAAGCGGACCAGCGCCGCGGCGGCCGAGUCAGCCGUCUUCCUCAAGGAGGAGGAAAGCGCCCCAACCCCAAGCCCAGAGCACGCCGCCCGCCCGCCCGCACACCUAACGAGAGAAGAGAAGAACCCCCUCCCCACCUACCCGAGGAGGACGCCAUGUCUUCGUCGUUGUCGUCGUCGUCGAUGGGGGGCUCCCUCGCGCUCGCGGCCGCCACGGCCGUCGCGUUCUCCGGCUCCCUCGUCAUCUUCUCGCUCUGCCGCGCCCACCACGCCCACGCCGCCGCCGAGCCGGAGGGCUCCACGGACCACGCCCUGCUGCGACCCUGCCUCUCCUCCUCAGAGAAGCGCAGGCGAGGGGGCAAGGCGAAGCGCAGCAGCAAGGCGGAGAAGCGGGUGCGGUUCGCGGCGGACGUCGUCGACAAUGAGGGCGCCCCGCGCCCGACCCGUCACCCCGGGGCCGCCGCUUCGUCGUCGGCGGCCACCUCCACCUGCAGGGGCGCGGCCGCGGCGGCGGAGCCGGACGAGCGGAUGAUGCCGGCCAACCGGGAGGCGCUCUACCGCGGCAUGCUCCGCGACCGCUCCUCCCAUCGGGUCACCUGCUCCUACUGACCGCCGCCGGUCGGCCCACCGCGGCGGCGUUGAAGAGUGUUUGGUAGGCAAGCUGUUGACUCCCCGUUUCAUCCUUCCUUGCAGUUGCGGAUGGAUGCCUGUUAAUAAUAGAUUUCUUAGUUUUUUUUCUUUUUUUUCUCUAUCACCUUGCUUUGUAGAGUCCUUAAGGCUUAAAUUAAUCUUCUGUAACUUUGCGUUCGAGCGAGGAAGCUCUGCUCUGCUCUGUAAAUAUACUGCUUCGAUUUCUUCAGAAGAAGAGGAGAAAAAAGAAAUCGAAGUCAGCAUCUCUUCAAAGUUCUAACACGAGACUCUUGCACGGAUUCGUUUCA